AUGGAGACAGUUUCUUCUACCGCUGCCAAUUAUGUUGCUCAAAUGAAUAUGCUUCCAAUGCUUAAUGGGGAAGAUUUCAAGCUGUGGAAAGAGAAUGUGGAAAUUGUUCUCGGCUGCAUGGAUCUCGACAAUGCGCUAAGGACUGAGAAACCCACUUCCACUCGGGAAAAUCCAAACACGGAUAAAAUUGAGAAGUGGGAACGCUCAAAUCGCAUGUGUCUGAUGAUCAUGAAACGUUGCGUUCCGGAGGCGUUUAGGGGCUCGAUUGUUGAGACUACUGAUGUCAAGUUGUUUCUGAAGGAACUCGAGCAAUACUUUGCUCGAAAUGAAAAGGCUGAAAUUGGACAAACCUUGUCCAAACUCAUAAACAUGAGAGUAAAAUCUAACCAGGAUAAUAUCAUUAUUGUGCAAGAACUUAUACACUCAAUGCAUAGGAUGAAAGGGAAAAAGAGUUCCUUGUCCAUUAAGACUGACCUUGAAAAAGCUUAUGAUAAGCUUAGCUGGAAGUUCAUCAACUCUGUAUUGGAGGACUUAAAGUUUCCGAAGGCUAUGGUUAAGGCAAUUAUGGGAUAUGUAACUAGCCCUACAUUAGAUAUCCUUUGGAAUGGAGCUAGAACUGAAAAGUUCCAAUCUCAGAGGGGUAUUAGGCAAGGGGAUCCACUUUCUCCCUACCUCUUUGUCCUAUGUAUGGAGAAGUUAACCCAUUUGAUCCUGGAUGAGGUGACAGUGGGGAAUUGGCAUCCUAUAAGGGCUGGUAGAUCUGGACCUCCCAUCUCCCACCUUAUGUUUGCUGAUGAUAUCAUUUUAUUUGCUGAAGCCUCCCUGAGCCAAUUGAACUGUAUAGUUAACUGCCUGGAGAAAUUUUCCUUGAUGUCAGGUCAGAAUGUGAGUAUAGAGAAGUCUUGCAUCUACUUCUCUAGGAAUGCUCCUCAGGAGGCUGUGAACUCGAUCUCAGAGAUUAGUGGAUUCAAGAAUGUGGAUAGCUUAGGCUGCUAUUUGGGAACUAGGAUGAGACAUGAGAGGAUGAACAAAAAUCAUUAUGCUGUUGUUAUAGCCAGAGUUCAGGAUAGGCUUCAUGGAUGGAAGUCUAAAUGUCUUUCUUUGGCUGGAAAUAGAGAAGCUUCAAAGAACUUUAUUUGGGGGGAUCUGGAAUCAAAGAGGAAAGCUCAUUAUGUGGCCUGGGAGGUUAUGUGUCAGCCUAAGGAUCGUGGUGGACUGGGGAUUAUUAAUCUGAGGGUCCAGAAUGAAGCUUUUAUGCAUAAGCUAACAUGGCAGAUCACUAGGGACAAGGAUAGCCUUUGGGCUAGAGUACUAAUUUCAAAGUAUGGCAGGAAUCAGGACAUUAACCGGAGCUGGAUUGCAAAAGAGCAGGGCUCAUCUCUGUGGAGGAAUAUUUGUUUGGCUAGACAUAAGAUGAAUAAUCAGCUUGAGUGGGUUUUAGGGAAUGGAAGGACAGUUUAUUUCUGGACAGAUUUAUGGGGAGGAUGGCAAGGUCCUCUCCUUGAGCUGGCUCUAACUAAACCCCCCAUGGCUGAUCUUAGCCUCAAGUUGAGAGUUAAGUCCCCUCCUGUUCCUGAUAGUUCUGAAGACUGGCUCAAUUGGAAAGUGGGGAAGCCAGGCUCAAUCCCUAGGAAUUUUUUGUCUGCAGAAGGUACAGAAUGGUCCAGGCUCAACUUGGUUAAGCCUUUUAAGUCCAACCUUUGGCACUCUUGGCUCGAAAUCUUCUUUGUUACCUGCUGGUUCCUCUGGUUCUGGAGAAACUCAACAGUGCAUGAUAUUACCUUUUCCAGGCCACAUGAACCAGUACAUACGAUUCUGAGGUACCUAGCUGAUAUCAAGAAUAGUAACAAUGCUGACCCUUUUCCCCCUCUGUCUGAUAGCUCCAAUCACAUUGGUUUAUCUGAUUUCACUGCCCAGUCCAGUGCUCAAGGUAAUAUCAGGAUAUUUGUGGAUGAGGCUGUAUAUCAGGCAUCCCACAUUGGGGCUUGUGGUGGAGUAGCUUGCACCACAAAAGCAGAAUGGAUCCGAGGCUUUGCUUACAACAUAGGGGUAUGUUCACCUUUGGAGGCUGAGUUAUGGGGGAUCCUUCAUGGUAGCAUACAGGAAACAACUCAAUAUUUUGAGUGUGUUCAGCUGGAGUACAUUCCUAGAGAUUUCAAUAUUUGUGCUGAUGGAUUAGCCAAGGAAGGAUUGAUUCUUCAGGGUGGUGAGAUGAAGAUUUUUGAAUUCCCCACUGAUAGUUAUGAGUCCUUUUGGUUUUCUUUUUGUACUAAACUGAUGGUGGAACAG